UCACAUAAAACAUUUUACGCAUUGAGUCAUCCUGCGCCGGUAGACGGUCGCGUUUAGUGGGGUUACUGCUAACCUUUAAUGGAAUAGUAAAGUAGGUGUGCGUAACGUUGAACGUUCGUGUGACGUGCAUUUUCAUCUGAUAACUAAACAAAUAUUACGUCCUGACGUACAAGUUACAAAUUUAAAAAAUGCAAUCGAUCUCUUGUUGCCUUUGUAGAAUUUACGGUAGAGUGGAUUAUUACAACUUUUAAUGUGUUGCAUAUUUUAACCUGCAAAUAGAACAUUGUGUGUAGUAAUCAUUAAUGUUCGUGUUAUCAGCUGUGGUAAAGCCUGACCGCUACUUUAUCAAUUCAUGGCGUUUUUAUGGUGUCGUUCGCACGUGGUGGUUCCCGCUCAUUCGCCGUCCGGCCCGCGCCGGGUGAUGCAAUGUUUGCUUGACGCCGCUCAGUUUUUCAGAAAAAAUAAUUAUGAUUAAAAUCGCGACGCUGUAACCACGUGUUCGGAUACUUAAAGAGUUGAUUUGUUUGUUGAUAAAUUAAACUAUUAAAAUGGCGAAAGUGUCGGCCUCGGAAGGACUGAAACCGAAGGCGAUGGAGGUCGGCGGAGAGUCAGGAGAUGCUGACGGGUCGCGCGAAGGUCUGCACUUGAAGAAGGAGUUGGGCCUGAUUAACGGGGUGGCUAUUAUCGUGGGGGUGAUCGUGGGCUCUGGCAUCUUCGUGUCGCCAAAAAUGGCGUUGAAGUAUGCCGGCUCCAAGGGCAUGGCCCUCAUCGUCUGGAUCCUCUCGGGCUUCCUCUCCAUGAUCGGGGCUCUGUGCUACGGGGAGUUAGGAACAAUGAUCCCCAAGUCCGGGGGAGACUACGCUUACAUUAGCGAGGCCUUCGGGCCUCUCCCGGGCUUCCUGUAUCUGUGGGUGGCGCUCUUCAUCCUCGUGCCCACGGCCAACGCCAUCACGGCCAUCACCUUCGCAGAGAACAUACUGAAGCCCUUGUGGCCGGUCUGCGAAGUUCCCAAGGCCGCCUCCAGCCUUAUAGCUGCAGUCCUUACUUGUUUUCUCACAAUUAUUAACUGCGGUAACGUGAAAUGGGUGACGCGGCUGCAAGACUCGUUCACCGCCGCCAAGGUGCUGGCGCUGCUGCUCAUCUUCUUGGCCAGCCUGGUGCACCUGUUCCACGGCCACACCGAGAACCUCGAGGGCAUGAUGCAAGGAACCAAGACCGGGGCCAGCGAAAUUGCCAUCGCGUUCUACUCGGGCUUGUUCUCGUAUUCAGGAUGGAAUUAUUUAAAUUUCGUGACGGAAGAAUUAAGGGAUCCUUACAAAAACCUCCCCCGUGCCAUCUGCAUAUCGCUGCCCGUCGUGACCGCCGUGUAUGCCCUAACCAACGUGGCAUUCUUCGCCGUCCUCACCAACGCCGAGAUUCUGUCGUCGGACGCCGUGGCCAUCACCUUCAGCGACAAGAUCCUGGGAUCGUGGGGCUGGAUUAUGUCGCUGUUCGUGGCGCUGUGCACGCUUGGCUCGCUGAACGGAGCUAUAUAUGCAUCGUCUCGUCUUUUCUUCGUUGGGGCUCGGGACGGAAACUUGCCGUUGGCGAUAUCGCUCAUUGAUGUGAAGAGGUUAACGCCUGUGCCUUCGCUUUUAUUUAUGUGCCUGGUGACGCUAGUGAUCCUGGUGUGGAACGACGUGGAAGCGCUAGUAGUGGUGGUGACCGCUGUCGAGGCUCUCUUCAUACUGUGCAGCGUCACCGGCCUCCUGUGGCUGCGAUACUCCCGCCCACAGGCCACACGGCCCAUCCGAGUCAGCCUCAUACUGCCCUGCGUCUUCUUUAUUGUCUGCACCUUCCUAGUAAUCCUCUCCUGCUUCGCACACCCGAAGCAACUCGCCAUAGGUCUUUCCUUCACUCUACUCGGCAUACCCGUCUAUUUCAUUUUCAUCAAAUGGCAGAAUAAACCACUCUGGUUCCUCAAGGCAGUACACAGCUUUAACACGGCUACGUCUAAACUCUUCCUCUGUUUACCAGAAGACUCGAAAGAAUUAUGAUCAUUCGAAAAACUGACUGUGUGUGUGAUCUAUUUUUUACGUGCAUUUGUGUUCGUAUUGAACUGUAUUAUUUAUUUUAAGUUAAUGUUGAGCUGUUAUACAAAAAGAUCUGUAGCUACGCUUGUUUAUAUGUUUACUUAGGAUUAAGUAUGUACAUUCCGUCAGUUACAAAUUGACUAAAAUUGCUAAUUCCUGUGCAGUUGUGAACCUAGCUGGUCAUUUUUCAAAUUAGCCUUACUCGUAGAAUUAUGAUCACAUUUUAAAACCUAUCUAUAGGUACCUAUAUAAUUAAGUCGGUAUUAGUUUAAAUACACAUCAGUAAUCUCGUAACGUUUUGGGGGAACACAGUUUAAUUACAGGAAUAUAAUGUAGCCAAUAUUAUUUAUAUUUAUUAAUUAGAGUAAUCGAAUAUGUUACGAGUUAACUGAUGUGUAGUUAAAAUAUACUGAAAUAGGUAACAUCAAUUGUUUAUGUGGUACCUGAUAAAAGAAAAUAAUGCCUACUCUGUAGUGGUAGCUGACUUUUAGUAGGUUCAAUUGCUCUUGGUCGGCCGCGGCUUAACUUGGAAAAUUUUGCGCAAAUGGCAAAAAAGUGGUACAAAAAUUCAUCAAAAAAACCUCAUAGAAAAAUAGAACGAAACUUGUAUGGUAAGGAUAGCCGCCUUUGAGGGCAACAAAAAAAGUGAUCGGCUAAAUCAUACGUUGGCAGGAAUUUGUGGUACCACGUGACAACUACAAUUUACCUCCUCGAAAAAUAGAAUGAAAAGAAAAACGGAUUAUAACAGCAAAAUUAAACUUGUUGACGUAUGUCUUGGUCGGCCUCACCUUAGCUUAGCCUGGCAGUUUUUGCAGUCCGACCACUGAUAUCUUUGCCUUUGCUCAGUAUUAUUCUGACGGCGCUUGAUUUUGAUAUCGCUCUCGUUUUCGAUAUCAACACACCAUACUUGAUGUUUAUUUAACCUGUAUGCGACUUCUUUUUUAGAAUACACUGCAUUAUACUUACAUAACUAUGACCGUGCCCUCAUAUAAGGGCACAUAUUUUAACCAAUGCCUUUAAAAUUGUAAAAUAUUUAUUGAUAACAAUAAGUGUAACAGAGUAGAAUAGCUUGAUUUUGCUGCCAGUAUUUUAAAUAAUAUGAUGCUUAUAUUUGAAGCUACUAUAAAUUUACUGGUGCUAAAAUAUUAAUGCACAGCUAAAUUAUAUUAUUAUAUGCCCAAUGAAAGUUCCUGUUUAAUAUUUUACUUGCCCGGUUAAUAAUAAGCCUUAUAUUUUUAAGUGCCAAUAAAUGUUCUAGCAGGUAAUAAGAAUAAGCAGUUUCAUGAUCACAACCCAGUUCACGCGUAAGGCUAUAUGAAAAUUGUCCUAUAAAAUUAAAUAAUAUAAAUAAACGUAGGAUUACCUAACUUAUGGAAUAAAUUUAGUUGAACAUA